AUGGGAUUACCAUCUGUAGUAGGCCAGACUCCCAGGGCUGCUCCCAUUGAUGGCCCUAGUCCAGCUUCCAUUGAUGCUCCAAGUCCUUCCAUUGAAGCCCCCAGUGCUGCUCCCAUUGAUGGCCCUAGUCCAGCUUCCAUUGAUGCUCUAAGUCCUUCCACUGAAGCCCCCAGUGCUGCUCCCAUUGAUGGCCCUAGUUCAGCUUCCAUUGAUGCUCCAAGUCCUUCCAUUGAAGCCCCUAGUGCUGCUCCCAUUGAUGGCCCUAGUCCAGCUUCCAUUGAUGCUCUAAGUCCUUCCACUGAAGCCCCCAGUGCUGCUCCCAUUGAUGGCCCUAGUCCAGCUUCCAUUGAUGCUCCAAGUCCUUCCAUUGAAGCCCCUAGUGCUGCUCCCAUUGAUGGCCCUAGUCCAGCUUCCAUUGAUUCCCUCUAUGCUGCUCCCAUGGAUGUUCUCAUUGCUACUCCCAUGGAUGCUACUCUCUGA